AUGAUAUCAGCCCUUUUUCUCAUUAUGUUGCUGCAACCUCAAGUCAGGAAACUUCAGCAGACUGCCAACGGGUUAAAGCAUCACCCCACGAAUCUGGAGUGGUGUGGGUUUGAGACAUUCACACUCUGGAGUGCACUGCCACCCGAAUUACGAUUUUGCAUUAUGUUAUUCGUCGAUUUUGACACACAGGAAACCUGCAUCAUUACGAACAGAGAAACUCGGUUGUGGACAAUAGCUGUGCGGAACUCACGAAGAGAAACAGUUAUUAAACACAUCUUUAAUAACCAUAAGAUCGAGCAACAAACAGCUUCUAUUGUGUUUGAUGCCCGAGAGGAUGUCGCCCCAGUUCGAAGAAGUUGUUCAGCACACAUUCGAUUACCAGUAAUUUGCUGA